CGGGAAAGCAGCGAAGAGAGAAGAUCAGAGAGCUACGUAAAGAAAAUGUGUCUUUUCGUUCUUCUGCUCUUCGGUUGCCGAGGGCACAGAAGUUUACGAAGUGAAGCUUCUGUUUGGCUAAUCACUCUAAGCUUCUCAAGCCAAACACGCCCUUUCGUCUUUUUUUUUUCUUUGUUCUUUUCUCUCGCCGGCCCUCAACGGUUAUAUUUCCGUCAAGAUCAUUCUCACGAAACGCGUUCAUGAAAAAGGAAAGCAAAUCGAAAACAUGGCGGCCACUAGCGAUCAGCAAAUGGAAUCGCUUCUCUCGAACUUCGAUCAGAUCUACGAGGAUUUCAAAAGUGGGAUGAAGGAGAUUGAGGUUUUAAGGUCGAAUAGCAACGUCGAAGCCACAGCAAGAGAGGCUCUUGAGAUUACUAAUAAGAGCCUAAAACAAGAGAAUGAAAGGCUGAAGAAACUAUAUACAGAAUCUCUGAACAAUGUUGCUGAUCAGUUUGAGCACCGAACCAAGUGCCACGGCUUGAAAGAGGAACUGAAGAGAGUGAAUGAUGAAAAUAAAACCAAAGAACAUGGCCAUUGGAAUUCUCUGGAAUCGCUCAAGCUAAAUCAUGCAAGCAAGGUUGAAAAGUUAGAAAACAAAAUCAGAAGCCUUUUACUUGAAAAGGCAACAAACGAGAUGGUAGUUGAUAGACUUCGACAAGAUUUGACAUCGCACAAAAAGCAUAUUCAAUCUUUGUCCAAGAGGCUGGAUCAAGUUUAUUCUGAUGUGGAAUCCAAGUAUCAACUCGAGAUUCAGGAUUUGAAGGAUUGUCUGCUAGUGGAACAAGAAGAGAGAAAGGAUAUCACUAACAGGCUGCAGGAUCUGCAAAAGGAGUUGCUUAUUAGCAAAACGACGUUUGUAGAACAGCGACGGGAUAUGACAUCAGCCCGACAGGUGGAGACACUGAAGGUGAAGGUAAUGAAACUGCGGAAAGAGAAUGAGAUCCUAAAACGGAAGCUAUCAUCUUCUUCACAUAACAGCCAGGAACCCGGCUUUGCUUGAACAAUCAAUCACACUAAUCAGCUACUCCCUUGGCAGUUGACAAUGAGGGAAGUUUUCCGGACAGGGUUACUGAAAAGGAUACGGGUGUAAUUAGGAUGGUUUUUUGGUGUAUAGUUGACAAUCUACACGGGGGCGAUGGUUACAUGGGUACAUGUCUUACCAGCACAGUCCAAGUUUCCAAUAUGGUUUUAAUUUCCAAUGUCUAAGGUGGUUUUUUUUAAUAUAUUCGAUCUAUGGUUUUGUGAACUGCAACUUUUCAUUUUGCAAUAUAAUAUAUAUAUGUUUUUGUAAUCA